GUGAACAACAAAUAAAGCCCAUUCAGUUUGCCUAAGAAAGAUAAAUCGUGGAGUAUUUUAUAAUCCGGAGCAUCCAUCCGAGAUUGAAGAGAGAAGCGUAAACGGGUUCAAGCAAUCGCCGGAAAAACAUGACUUCGUCGGAGAUUGCAGAUGCCGGGAGGUUCUCCGGCCAGAGGUCCAAUUUCUCCAACACGUGCAACCGCCUGAGCCAGUACAUAAAGGAGAACCGCUCGUUUGGCGAUCUCAGCCUUAGCCUCACCCGCAAUUGUAUCCCUUCCGGAAAUUCGAGACAGACAAUGGAUCUGUUGCCGAUGAUUGAGAAAUCCGGUCAGAAACCCAUGAAUUUGUUUCCUAACGCAGAAGAGGCAACCAGGAUUUCCGAUUUAAGCGGGAUGGCAAAGGGGGAUGGCCAGAAAAAGGCACAGAUGACAAUUUUCUAUGGUGGGCAAGUGGUUGUGUUCAAUGACUUCCCAGCGGACAAGGCUAAGGAAAUCAUGCUUCUGGCCAGUAAUAGCAUGCCGUCUCCUUUUCCUCCUCCUAGACAGCUGCCUUCGCCUUCACCGGUUUCUAUGGCUGUCCGACCUCCUUGUUUUGUCAACCAGAGACCUCCUCAGACUCCUAUUGUUACUGCAGAUUUGCCUUUAUCAAGGAGGGCAUCACUUAGCAGGUUCUUGGAGAAGAGAAAGGAUAGAAUUGUGUCUUUGGGCCCAUAUCCAAUGAGCAAUCUGAAGUACAAUGGAGUAGCAGCUUCAUCUUCAUCUUCUAAGGGGGUUAUAGAGAGCAAGGGAUGGUUGGGAUUGGGUCCUCAUCUUCCUGUGAAAACAGAGCAAUGAUUAAUUUGAUUGAUUACAAUUGUAGUAUUAAAAAUUAUUAAAUAUCAGUAGAUGAUUAGUGUGAUCUGCUCUGUACGGUUUGUACUUUGUAGCAUCCUUAAAUUUUCUUAGCUUCCUUAACUUUGUGUUUAUCUAAGGUAAUUAAUUUCGGCUUCCAAGCGUCCAAAUGUUUAGAUCUGGUUUUAUUAAUUAGUUCUGCUCCCAUUAUAUCAACUAUAAUUCAUGUAAUUAGAUGCUUAACUCUUUCCUAAUUUUGCAGAAGUAUAGCUAGUCAUUCCAAAUUAUCCCAUUAUUUUCAACAGUGAUGGGUUAUUAUUGUUAUGAUAAAUACCCUCGGUGUCA